GCAAAUAAAUACACACUUGGUGUUACCGCAAACCAAAUAGUUAUAUAAUAAGUCUAGUCUGGGUGAACUUGUUUGUUUACUAAGACUUUUGCUCUUUGCCCUCUGAUUUAGAAUUGCAUGAUCACUGUGUAUUUGUGUCCCUGGCCGGGUAUCAGGUUCGGUAAAUACAGUGACUCACUGUAGCGUGAACGUUCACCACUUUAAUAUUUUUACAAAUACAUCGGAAGUGUAAAAAUGGCGUUCAUGAAAAACGCACUGUUAGUGUGUAUAACAGCAGUGUUGGUUGUGUACGUACCGUCUCUAUGGACCAAGACGCCUCCUACACUUACGGCGGGAACUGUACAACCAGGAUUCGAACCAGUGCUCAAGGUUUUCAGGGAAAAUUUUGCCAAGGGAGUGGAGUCGCCAACAGGGGGCAGCGCAUUCUCUGUUUACUACAAAGGGGCAAAGGUCAUUGACCUAUGGGGAGGUUACGCCGACACCGAGGCUCUAAGGCCAUGGCGGGAAGAUACUAUGGCCAUUGUUUACUCGUCGACUAAAGGAAUGGCCGCCACUUGCAUUGCUCUACUAGCGGAUAGAGGUCACAUUGACUACGACAAAACCGUCGCAUCUUAUUGGCCAGAAUUCGCUCUGAACGGCAAAGAGAACAUCACAGUGCGCAUGCUCCUAAAUCACGAGGGAGGAUUGUCAUACACGGAUGGACCAAUCAGCUUCGAGCAACUCGCAGACCAGGAUGUACUGGGGCAGCUGUUAGCUAAAGAAGCUCCAAAGUGGGAACCAGGCAGUGCCCACGGGUACCACGGAAUGACGUUUGGUCUCUACGUCAGCCAACUUCUACGGAGAGCUGAUCCAAAGCACAGGACACUCGGGCAGUUCUUCAAGGAGGAAAUAGCCCAAACUUUUGAUGUAGAUUUCCACAUAGGACUGCCCUUAGAGGUCUACCACCGCGUAGCUAGACCUCCGGCUGUAACAGCCUUGUGGCAGACCCUAUUCAAGGGGCUUACCAGCCCGUUAAACAGACAAGUCAUGUGGGCCAUGGCUACCGGGAAAACAGACUUCCUGAAAGUUCUCAAUAUAGAAUCAAUGACACAGGCGGAGCACUUUUUGAAUCCAGAAGUUCUAGCCCUCGAGCAGCCGUCUGCAUCCGGCAUCGGAACGGCCCGGGCCAUCGCUAAGGUGUACGGGAUGAUGGCAAACGGAGGAACAACCAGGGACGGUCGAAAGUUUCUCUCGGACGGUCUGAUCAAGAAAUUUAUAGGAGAGGCUGAGAAAGUUGCCACAAUGGACAGAACCAUUGGGCUUAAGAUGCUCUUUAAUCUUGGAUUCAUGAUCACUGAUGAGGGGGAGCAACAAUUUGGCCAUCCUGGAUCGGGUGGUGCGCAGGGGCGUGCCGAUCCAAAAUGGCGGAUCGGUAUGGCAUACAUAACGAGUUAUCCGACCCCCUUCAGUAUGGGAGACGACGAACGUUUCCUGACUCUUGAAAAAGCAACCUACGAGUGUGUCAAGAAGUUGGAGGCAAAGUAGAUGCAUCUAAAAGAUGGGGAGUGGACUGAAAGAAGCCCUUGAUAAUUGGUAGUCUUGGUGCAAGACGUUUCUCGUUUACCUUUCCCGCACAGUGCGGUCAACACAUCAAUAGAGCCGGGCCCGCCACGACCACCCGUAUACACACGUCUUGCACCAAGACUAGAUGAUUGGAAACAGACAGUAAUUUGUUGGACAUCAUAAAGCGACCGCAACAAAAUUGGGCUACUUUAUACACUUCCGGUUUUUACUGGGGCAUAUUUUAGUGGUUUUUUUAGUGGUGUCCAAAAGUUUGUUAUCAGUAUCUAGUUUUGUUGUGUUGCACAUAAUGUCAUUGUCUUGCACGGUUUUAAUAAAUAAAAAAAAUU